GCCGGUGCAGCAGCUCCAUCUCUUCCCUCCGUGAGGCUGGAAGCUGCCAGAUGUGCUGUAGAUGGAAGAAGACAUCCAUCAUUCACGGCUCUGCGUCGCUCUUCUCUCCGCUCUGAGGACAAACUGGCACCAAGAGGAGAAAAGACGAGGAGGAGACGCGCGUAAUUUCCUCUGUGCGCCUCCGCCGCGCCAUGCCGCUCCGCCGCUGACCGCCUCCGCCGCUCCGCGUCUUGGAUGAACUUUCUGGCCGCCUGCGGGGACGCGGCCGGUCGCUCCGACAUCAUGAAGACGACGCGGAAAUGUCGCGCCCUACUGUCGGUGGGUCUGAACCUGGUGGCGUUGUUCUUCUCCACCACCGCCUUCAUCACCACGUACUGGUGCGAAGGAACCCAGCGCGUCCCCAAACCCAACUGCAGCAAGCAGCGGCACCACAACUGCAUCGACUACGGCGUGAACGAGACGGACCAGAGCAAGGUGCACUACAGCUGGGAGACCGGGGACGACCGCUUCCUGUUCCGCCGCUUCCACACCGGCAUCUGGUACUCCUGCGAGGAGAACAUCCACGAAGCAGGUGAAAAGUGUCGGAGCUUCAUAGAUUUGGCGCCGGCGUCCGAGAGAGGUGUGUUGUGGUUGUCGGUGGUGUCCGAAGUGCUCUACAUCCUGCUGCUGGUGGUCGGAUUCAGCCUCAUGUGUCUGGAACUUUUCCACUCCAGCAACGUCAUCGACGGACUCAAACUGAACGCCUUCGCCGCUGUCUUCACCGUCCUGUCUGGUCUGCUGGGUAUGGUGGCCCACAUGAUGUACACUCAGGUGUUCCAGAUCACCGUCAGUCUGGGUCCUGAAGAUUGGAGGCCUCACAGCUGGGACUAUGGUUGGUCCUUCUGCAUGGCGUGGGGCUCCUUCACCUGCUGCAUGGCUGCCUCGGUCACCACCCUCAACUCCUACACCAAGACGGUGAUCGAGUUCCGGCACAAGAGGAAGCUGUUCGAGCAGGGCCUCCGCGAGGAGCAGAGCUACCUGGAUCAGGAGGCCUUCCACUACUUCCGGGACCGAUCCCUGCAGUCCAUCUCCAGCACCGUGGAGGUCUACCCGGGCCACAGCGGGGCCAGGGCCGGCCUCGUCGUCGGGGGGCCGGGUCCAGGGCCGGGUCCCGGUCCGGGUCCGGGACGUGGGAAGAUGAGAUCCACGUCAGCCUCCAUAGACCUGGGGGAGAACACAGACUCGCUGGGGGAGGAGCAGUGCUGAGUUGCCCCCCGGUUUGGGAGGUUUUUGUGGAUUUGUGGACCCGAUCACUGAUUCUUCCACCGACUCUGAAAGCAUAGUAGCUGUUAUUUUCUGUCUGAAGAUGAUUGUUAACAAACUUGGAAGAAAAAACAAACCACAAAAACCUGACAGAUACAUUUCUCUGUACAUGAAAACCAAUAUAACGUGAAAAACAGACUGUGAGAUCUGUGACAUUGUGGAUGGACAGUAGCUAGAAUAUGUCGAGGUGCUAUAUGCAGUAUUUUAACAUCAAAGUGCAGCCGCUGUAGCCACAAAUAGAAAUUAUGGAACGAUGCUUAACGGUGAAAAGUUGCGGUAGCAGCUGUACAAGGAGAGUCGAAAACUCAGAGCUGCAACAGGAAGCAUACAGUGACUAUAAAAAGUAUUUGCCCCCUUGGAAGUUUUUUACUUUUUAUGCUUUUCAAUGGUAAAUCGUGGUCAGUAUGGUGUGGGUUUUUUGACAAGAAUGUACAAAAGAAGACGGUUUCAUUUCAACGUUUCUAACAAAGUAAAGUCAAUUUCUUAAAAAUAUAAAAAAAGCAAUUACAUAAGUAUUCACCUGCGUGAUGCUGCCACCACCAUGCUUCACAUCAUGAUGUGCCACUGCCACGCUUCACGUCAUGAUGCCACCACCGCCAUGCUUCACAGUCAGGAUGGUGUGUGAUUUACACGUGACAUAUUCCUUCCAUUUCUUAAUGAUGGUCUUAACUGGACUCCAAGCUAUCACUUAUUUUACAUUUUGUAUUAAUUAAUUGAUAAAACUUUAUUGAAAUAGUUUUUGGUUUUUACACAAAGGAGCUUUUUUGGUAAAUUUUUGUUAAGAAAAAAAAAGAAGUCAUGACCCGAUGUUGAAAAGCAAUUAAAGGGAGGAAAAUACUUUUCAUAGCCACUGAAUUUAAUCCAAAUCUGGGCAAGGACAUGAUGGACGUCCAUGACCUGCAAGGUGAGGGUUACGUAACAUUUUGAUACUCAGUAAAGAGGAAAUUAGCAACUUGGAAUAGCGCUGCUGUUUCUCAAGUCUUCCACCUACAUUUACCUUUGAUAACCAGAACCUUUGAUUCAUAUAUGAGCUUUGUUCCAACUUAUUUCUUCGAACAGCAUCGUCAAACCCACAGAUUUUAUGAUGAUAUCUUAAAAACAGCUCACCCAAUAGGGCUCAGCCGGCAGUAAAUAUGCUAGCAGAUUAGCACGUUAGCCCUGCCUCUCAUCUGACCCUCGAUUUGCGGGUCAAGUCAGUCCCUGGAGAGUCUCCCAGGCGACGACCGACUGCCAAACACGCUCCAGAACACGCUUGUUUCUCAACCUCUCUACAUGUGUUUUGCAGAAAAUGCUGCAGCUUUUGGAGAAAGACGUCAUGGAGAACAAGGCAUGUCUGCCUCGGGACAGGAAGCAACAAAGAUUACGUGUUCCUUUUCUGGGUUGAUUGUGAUUAUCGUGAAAUGCUACAGAUAGCGCUUUUAAACGGAUCAUGCGUGGGCCACGUCCUAUUUAUGUUGACGAAUCUAAUGCGAAGAGUUCUGUGAAAUGUCUGUUUUCCAGCUGUGUUGAACUGUUUCGUAGAUGGUUUUCAGUUUUACCUCCGGAUUCAGAGCAAGUUUGGUGCAAUAGCCAAAGAGAUUUACAAGUUUUGUAGUGAAAAAGCUUUUGUGUGUAGUCGUGAACAAAGCAAACUGUAAAGGCUUUCUGUCUUGCACCAAACUCUGUAGGCGGCAUACAUCUCCAUAACCGACCCCUAAUGUACAGGGCUGUCGGUGUGAAUCUGUCACUUCAUGAUAGACCGUCCAGUCGCCCAGCGGUCACCGGGUCACUUCCUCUCUGGAAAUAACGUCCUCGCCGUUGUCCUUGGAGAGUUGCCGAAGCUCUGGCUGCUCCAGGGAGCCGUUCACCCUUCACCUCUCUGGAAAUUAGCUGCAUAAAUGUGCCGCAUGUGAGUCUCGUGGGGGCAAACGGCGGAAAUAAAUCCUCGCGGUAAGUGAACGCUGCAGAUUCUUUAAAAGAAACGGAAGGCCGUGAAUCACCACGUUGAUGGAAAAUGGAUUUUGUGGGCUGAUUGAUGUAAAUCUAACGGAGCCUGAUUCCAAACAUCUGAGUCUGAUUGAGGCUGUGUCUACCAAAGUGUUGUUUUGGAAGCAUCUUUCAGCUAAAUAACGUCCCAAUUAACUGGCUCACCUGGUUGACCCAAUGAACUGUUCCUCCCAAGCAUUAUUUUUUAUAUUUAUUAAGACGUAGCGCAGGGAUGUUUUCUGGGAUGGAGAUAGAUACUAAGAAAACAACAGUAUUAACACUAAACCUUGGUAGUUUCUGGACAGUUUUUAUUUGCUUCCAUCACAUUUUUUUUCACUGUGGCUCAUUUUUCACUGAAAUAUAAAAGUCCUGCACCUCUGUGGAAACAGAACAACCAUGAGGAAGGAGAAAGAACUCAAAAACAGUACAGAAAAAUGCAAAAAUAACAGAGAAAAAUUACGCAAAGACACACAAAAAAGCAAAGAUUACACCGAGGUACAACACCGCUGAUACCUGGUACCAACACCGAUGAGAAAUGGAGGCUCCACAUGCCAUGGAUAUUAUACUACAUACAUUUUGAAUCUGUUUCUAUACUGUGUGCUUUGUGUAAACAUUGCAUGCAGUUUAAAGAGUCACUGAAGUUUUGUCAUGUGACUUUUGGUUACAGUUGAGUCAUAAAAUGCUUCAUGGUUGCGUCAAAAAGUAAAGAAUUAGUUCUUUGAAAUCUGGCAACAGCCAACGAUUUAUUUGUGACUCAUUUUUAAAUGGAGACACAGAAUAAAUGCGAUGUUUUGUUGUUUGGCAUUAGUCCCAUCUUUUUUCCACUGUGAUUGGAUGGCUGGGCAAAAAGUGAAGAGAUAAAUGCAGGAUUUUACCCAAAAGUUGAACAUUUUUCAUGCCCAAAGCAGUGCUACCAUUACAAAGAAAUGAAAAAAUACACAGUCCUCAUUAGAAACCACUUUUGUGGACACACCCCUAAGAAGAUGUUUCCUACCAUUCUGACUUAUGAAAUGUAGUCUAUGGGUAUAAUCCUACCGAAGGAGCUGCUAUCUGAGUAAGCUUGGUACGACAGGCUAGCUCAGUUCUUCAAUGAAAGGUUGUAAAAUUUCCUAAAGAAUACGUCAUAACAUUUUAAAGCUUUACUCUCAGAACUUCUAAUAAUUUGCACAGGUCGUCUAUUUUUUUAACUAAACCCUCUAAACCCCAAAACCAGCCAACAGAUUUGAAAGUCUUCUUUACUUUAACACAGAAAUCAUCAAAAUUACACCCAGAAAGAAUCUUUCUGUCCGGUAAAGCAGUCAACAAUGUGCGAAAAAUUGUGAUGGUUUUUGAUUUUAACCUAUAUCACUCUUAAAAGAACACCAAAAAUAAAGCUUUUGCACCAAAUCGUAUAAAGAAACCCAAAAAAAUCUGGGCUUUUUAAUGCAACAACACAGUCAUGACCAACAGUCACAUAACAAAAAUCGAUGCCCAGAAACUGCUUAAAGCUUAGAGGGUUAAUCUUUAUUUAUGCUCAUUGAGUAAAAGCAUGUCUUUUACAAGAGUCAUGGCAGUUUAAAUAAGGUUUAGACUGAGAGUGUAUUAUGGUAAUAAAACCAAUAAAAUAAAGAACACCUGUCCAUCACAGGGUUGGUCCAUCCCUAAAUAUACGCUGCUUUAUCAUGUAUUUUCUGCCAAAUGUUAUUAUAAUUUACAAAAUUAACAUCAUGAUAUAUUAAAGGAGACUACAAACUAAAGAUUGAGACCAAAAACUCAUUAGGGAAACCUUUAUUGUGGUAACAAAUUGAGUAAGAAGCUGGGUCAUUGACAUUCGACUUCUUUUGCAGCCGGACGAGUCGCCCUUUGCUGGCUGUUAUAAAAAAAAAAAUGCAUGUUUAAGGCUUUACUUUUCAGAUCCAUGGUUUAUAUGCAGUCUAAGUUCAUAACAUCUACAUCCAAAUAUGUUGCACCUGCCUCCAAGUCACAUAAAGUUGAUUUGUAUUCACUGAGUGAUUUCAGCUCUUUAAGAUUCAGGUACGGAUCAGUGUUUCCUGUCAGAGGGGUUUAACUCUCUUUGGUGAAGACUUUGUAAGUUUGCAGUCUUUGACAUUCACAGAAAAGCAGCUUUUUUACACACUGAAGGAAAAGGAAGAACCAAAGAAGCAGAAUAUGGUUUCUUUAAGUCUGAUCAUCAGCCUAUAAACUGUAUUUUGAGCUGAAAACAGGCAAAUCGGUGAACAAAUCCAGCUGUAGUUCAAACUGAAUCUGUAAAUGAGCAGUAAAACGAACCAACAAGCCCUAAAAACAAAAUUAAAAGCUAAAAGAAGCUAAAAAGAAGUUACUGCAGGGAAGUGUAGGAUCACUAUGAGAGACUUCUUUUUCAUUAGUUUUUGAAAUCACUGUUAUGGAAGACUAGGCUGUAAAAUAAAAGUGGGGAAAACAGUAAAAUGACUGAAAUUAAAGUAAAACAAAACACAAAAACAAUUAAUGUACAUUUUCAUUACUUAUUUUGCAAAAAAAAAUAAUGGUGUUUUACAGAUUUUCCCUGUUAUGUUAAAUUACAGAUAUUGUCUAUAUUGUUAAAAUCUAUAAACAAAUGGUGAAAAGAACCACAAUCAUUUCACAAAACAGGAAAAAUCUGUAAAACAACAGUGAAUUGUUAAAAGGCUUUAUUAGUGUAACACUUAAAAUAACUGCUGAUUUGUUAAUUUACAGAUAAACUGUAAUUUUACAAACAUUUACAAUUUUACAGAAAACUACAGUAAAAUUUCCAUAAGAUUGUUUUCUUUUCCAUUUUUUUACAGUGCAGCAGCAUUUGCUUGUUAAAAUAAAACAAAAAUAAUUUUACAGUCAAAAAAUAUUCCCAACAAUUUUUUCCCAUUCAGUAUGAAGAAAAUUCGAUUUUAUAUUAAUUUAAUUUGGCUUUAUUGGCAUAACUCUUAAAAUAAGUGUUGAUUGGUUAAUUUACAGAUAAAUUUACAAACGUUUAUAUACAAUUUUACCAACAACUACAAACUUAAGAGUUCUUUUCCAUAAAAUUAAUAUUAUUUUCUCUCACAGUGUAUUGGGGACACAUGUUUGGUGUUUUGGUUGAGAAUCAGGUAUAAAAUGUGACAGAAAGCAGCUGCCGAGGCUCCUGAUGUUAUGUAAACGUGGAGGAUUGAACCAGCCGGGAUUAAAUUGGCCGACAGGACCAAAGGGAGGUUUUCGGGCGUCGACGUAAUCCGAACACGAUUUUUUAAGCUGUGAACUUAAGGUCUGGGGCAGGUCAGGAAUCCUCUGAUGCAAACACGACUGGAAAUAAUGUUCUGUCUGAAUGUAUUUACUGACAUAUAUUUAUCUAUGUAUUACA